UUCGGCCAUCGCGACCGUGCCAAUAUUGCGACCGACGUGACAUGGAAAUCAUCUUCCUCGGGACGGGCGGGUCGUCAAGCAUCCCGUGGAUGCAAUGCCUCCUCAGCGGAACGAACUGCGCCGUGUGCCAUCAUGCCCACGCGGUGCCAAGCUCCAAGAACCGGCGCAACAACCCGAGCCUCCUCGUGCGCUAUGGCGGGCGCAACGUGCUCAUCGACUGCGGCAAGACGUUCCGCGACAGCGUUCUCAAGGUGUUUCUGGCGAAAAACAUCAAGUCUCUUGACGCGAUCGUUCUCACGCAUGGCCAUGCCGACGCGUGCUUGGGCCUGGACGACGUCCGCGAGCUGCAAGUGUUCACCCGCUGCGCCGAGGGAGGCGAUGACAAGAAGAUGGCGAAUGAGCCCAUGUACGUACACUGCCAUCCGCGCACCAAGGCGGAAGUCGGGCCCAAGUUUGACUACCUCAUGCUACCGCCGUUAAAAGCCGACGCGAGCUCGUACCGCUGGACCGCCAAACUCGACUGGAAGGUCUUCGAGGACUUUGGCUCGUUCGAUGCCGCCGGCGUCGCGUUCACGGCGCUGCCGGUUAUGCACGGAAAAGGGUACCUUUGCAGCGGAUUUGAGUUUGGCGCAGAGGUGGGCGCGCGCUUCGUGUACCUCUCGGACCUCCACGAACUCCCGAGCACGACGCGGGCGCACCUUGUCGCCAACCCAGCGCCCAUCGACGUGCUCGUCAUUGACGCCAUCUACUUGCAAGCUGUGCAUGGCGCGCACCUCAAUCUGCCGCAGGCGAUCGAGAUCAUCAAGCUGCUCCGGCCCAAGAAGACGUACCUUGUGGGCAUGAGCCACGAGUUUGACUACGAUGUGCACAAUCGCUCGAUCCGCGCGGAUGUGCUGCGCGAAGCCAACCUCGAUGUCGAGAUGGCGUAUGACGGCCUCGAAGUCGCGCUUGGCCCCGCGUAGUAGCGACUGUCGUACUGGUAGAAGAGCAUUGAGCAACGACUGCGGCAGGGUAGUCUUCUUGAUAUUUUUCAAUAUACUUGUAUACUUCAUGCAGC